GUACAGCAGCCCGGCAUCCAGUCCAAAUGUCUCCUAUGUGUGAUCUUCUGCUGUUCUUGUUGGUGGUCACGGUCAAGGGUGACGACGUGCUGGUGACCGUACAGCAGGGCACGCUGAGAGGGACCACGGCCACGAGCGGCUACAACACGUCCUACACGGCCUUCCUGGGCAUCCCGUACGCCGAACCACCUGUGGGCGACCUGCGUUUCCAGCCUCCGCAACCGGCCACUGGCUGGGAGGGCGUCCGAGAUGCCACGCAAUACGGCAGCGACUGCGUGCAGAACACGGGCGAGGGCUCGGAGGACUGCCUCUACCUGAACGUGUACGUGCCAGGGCUACCGCAUGAGGGCUCCGGGCUGCCCGUGCUCUUCUACGUGCAUGGUGGAGGCUUCAUCAAGGGCAGUGGCUCCGACCAGAAGUUUGGACCAGACUUCCUCGUCUCGUACGGAGUUAUACUGGUCACCAUCAACUACCGCCUCGGGCCGCUCGGCUUCCUGAGCACUGGCGACGAUGUCGUACCUGGCAACGUGGGCCUCAAAGACCAGCUGCUGGGGCUCUCCUGGGUGCAGAGCAACAUCGAGCGCUUCGGCGGUGAUCCUCAGCGUGUGACGCUGGACGGGCGCAGCGCUGGAGGCGUGGCAGUCUCCUUGCAUCUCAUGUCGCGGCAGACCGCAGGUCUGUUCUCACACCUGGUAGACCAGAGCGGCACCUUCGUCGCUGGCAUGUCCGUGGUGCCGGAUCCUCGGUACCACGCUUUCAGACUGGGUUCUGUCCUCGGCUACGAAGCGGAAAACUCUCAGCAGCUGGUGCAGUUCUUACGCUCUGUGAACGCCACUGACCUCCUGGUGGAUACGUCCGUCUUAAUGACGGAUGAGCAAAAACUGUACUACUCUUACAGCGUUUGGGCUCCUAGUAUUGAACCAGAUAUCGAAGGAGCCUUCAUAAGGGAGUCACCAAUUCGUAUACUGAAUGCAGGCACUUUCAACAAAGUACCUAUCAUGAUUGGCAUUACGUCUGCUGAGAUUGGAGUCAGUAUUCUGAAUAACUCAGAUGUUGUCGCGAACCUCAACGAAAAUUUUGAGGCAGUGGUGGGGCCAUGCCUUCAUCUAGAGACGACGGCUGAACAGACACAAGCAGCGCUUGAACUCAGGAACUUCUAUUUCGGCAACGAAACUAUCAGCCUCGAUGAUCCUGAACCUUUGAUCCAUCUUAGUGAAGACAUAGAUUUCUUCAACCCCACUGACGCACUCGUCAGAAGAAUAGUGGAAGUUUCUGAUUUACCAGUCUACUACUACGAGUUCGACUAUCGCGGGGUGAACGUACCUACAAACGAAUGGGGUGAGUUCAAGCGGAGGCCGUACACGAAGAUACAAUCUGCAACGAAUCCAACCCCUGAGGCGGAUCCCGUGGUGUGGGAGCCGUACGACCUGAGCAGCCGCAGCUACCUGCUGAUGCAGGCCAACUUCUCGCUCGCAUACGACAGGCUUGGCGAGCGAAUGGACUUCUGGAACGAUAACGUACCACUAGAACCGUCUCCUGGGACCUACUGA